AAAUUGUGCCAUGUAAAGCAAUUAAUGUACUCAACGUACAAAGAUGGCACUCCCACAGCAGACCAUAUUAAUGAUUUCCUUGGCAUCAUCAAGCAGUUAGCCAAUCUCGGCAUAGAAUUUGAUGAUGAGGUGAAUGGUUUGAUUCUUCUCAAUACCUUGCCGGAAUUAUGGGAGAGUUUUAGAUCAACAACAAUCAACUCAUCUCCUAGUGGUCAAGUCACACUUGAAAUUGCCAAAAACAGUAUCUUUGAAGAGGAAAAAAAGAUGUGGGCAUUGAGAGUCUUCUCGCAACCAGAUACUCAAGCUCUUGUUAUGGAGAAUAGAGGCAAGAGUAAAACCAGAGAACCUAGAAGACGAGGAGGCAAAUCCAGAUCAAAGUCCAAAAGUGGAGUGAAAUGCUAUCAUUGUGGCCAGCUAGGCCACAUGAAAAGGAAUUGCUACUUGUUAAAAGGAAAAGACAAGAAACAGGUUGAAGAUAGCAAUACAACCACUGUAGCAUCUACCAGUGGUGGUGACGUGACUUCACUAUGUGAUCGUGGGGAGUGUUGCCAUGUAGAAAAGUUGGAUGUCGAGUGGAUAAUUGAUUCUGGUGCCUCUUAUCACUGUGUUCCCAAAAGGGAAUAUUUUUCAAAAUACAAAGCAGGAGACUUUGGCACCAUAAAAAUGGGAAACAAGAGUGUUUCUCAUAUUAUGGGAGUUGGUGAUAUCUGUGUCCAGACAAAUGUUGGGUGCACAUUGACACUAAAAAAUGUGCGACAUGUUCUUGAUAUGCGUAUGAACCUGUUGUUUGCAAAAGCACUGGAUGAAGAAGGAUACGCACCUUACUUCAGGAAUGGCAACUGGAAACUCACCAAAGGAUCAAUGGUGGUGGCAAAAGGGAGAGCAUGUUGCCCAUUAUACAAGACACACAUGAAAAUGUGUGGAGGUCAACUGAACACAGUUGAAGAUGAGGCUUCUCCAAAUUUAUGGCAUAAUAGAUUAGCUCACAUGAGUGAGAAAGGAUUGCAACUUUUGGUUAAGCAGUCCCUUAUUCCCAUUGCCAAAGGUGAAUAUGUGAAUCCUUGUGAUGUUUGCCUAUUUGGAAAGCAACACCGAGUUUCUUUUCAGAAGAAUUUGACUCGGAAAGAGAACAAGCUAGACUUGAAUAAAAGCCAAGUUUUCAAGUAUCUCCAGCAUUACAAUGCUAUGGUGGAAAAGGAGACAGGUUUGAAGUUGAAAUGUAUUCGUAUAGAUAAUGGAGAGGAGUACACCUCCAAAGAAUUCAAAGACUACUGUUUGAAGCAUGGCAUAAUGCAUGAAGAGACAGUUCCUGGCACUCCACAACACAACGGUGUUGCAGAACGGAUGAAUCGUACCAUUGUGGAGAAAGUUCGAUGCAUGCUAAGAAUGGCAACUCUAACUAAGCCAUUCUGGGGUGAGGCAAUCAACACAGCAGUGUAUCUGAUCAACCAGUCACCUUCAGUUCCUUUGAACUUUGAAAUCCCGGAGAAAGCUUGGACGGGAAAAGAUGAGGAAAAAGCUACAAGAAGCUUUGGAGAGGGUGUAGAAGAUCUAACACUGGCAAAAACUCCUUCAAGAAAAAUUACAAAUGAAGAAGAGGUGCAAGUACCAAAAGACGAGACAGAGGAGCUAAUAAUUGAAGAAGAUAAAGCAAGUUUAGAUAGAGGAAAAGGGGAGCCGGAGAACUUCCAAGAGGUGCAGUCUCACAAAGACAAAGACUAUUGGAUGAAGGCCAUGCGAGAAGAAAUGAACUCCCUAUAUAAGAACAAUACUUAUGAGCUCCUAUAUAAGAACAAUACUUAUGAGCUUGUGGAACUUCCCAAAGGAAGAAAAACCCUGAAAAACAAGUGGGUAUUCAAGCUCAAGAAAGAUGGGGACAAGAUAGUCAGAUAUAAGGCUCGAUUGGUGGUAAAGGACUUCAGUCAGAAAAAGGGGAUUGAUUUUGAUGAAAUAUUUUCCCCAGUGGUAAAGAUGAGCUCGAUUCAUGUUGUGCUCGGUCUAGCAGCAAGCAUGAAUCUUGAGCUUGAGCAGUUAGAUUUGAAAACUGUAUUUCUCCAUGGUGACUUGCAUGAGGAAAUUUAUAUGGAUCAACCAGAAGGUUUUGAAGAAAAAGGGGAUGAGCAUAUGGUUUGCAAGUUGAAGAAGAGCUUGUAUGGACUAAAGCAAGCUCCAAGACAAUGGUACAAGAAGUUUGAUUCUUUUAUGAUGGGUCAUGGUUGUAAAAAAACAAAUGCAGAUCCAUGUGUCUACAUCAGAUUAUUCCCUAAUGGCAACUUCAUUAUCCUUUUGUUAUAUGUUGAUGAUAUGCUAAUUUUGGGACAAGAUGUUGAGAAAAUUUACAGGUUAAAAGAGGAGUUAUCAAAGUCCUUUGACAUGAAAGACUUGGGACCAGCAAAGCAAAUUCUAGGUAUGGCUAUUACCCGUGAUAGAAAGGCUGGGAAGCUGUGGUUAUCACAGGAGAAGUAUGUUGAACGGUUGCUUGAAAGGUUCAACAUGAAACAUGCUAAGCCAGUUAGCACUCCUCUUGCAAAUCACUUCAAGCUAAGUAAACGAUCUUGUCCAACUACCAAAGAAGAAAAGGAGAAAAUGUCACCUAUUCCUUAUUCUUCUAUAGUCGGUUCAUUGAUGUAUGCAAUGGUAUAUACACGGCUAGACAUUGCUCAUGCUGUUUGUGUUGUGAGUAGAUUCUUGUCUGAUCCAGGCAAGAUUCACUGGGAAGCUAUUAAGUGGAUCUUCAGAUAUCUGAGAGGAACUACUAAGUUGUGUUUGACAUUUAGGCAAACUGAACCACUCCUAAAGGGAUACAUAGAUGCAGACAUGGCAGGUGACCUUGAUAAUAGAAAAUCUAUUUUAGGGUAUUUAUUCACUUUUGCAAAGGAAGCUGUAUCAUGGCAAUCAAAAUUGCAAAAGUGUGUUGCCUUGUCAACAAUCGAAGCUGAAUACAUUGUAGCUACAGAAGCUAGUAAAGAGAUGCUUUGGAUGAAGAGAUUCCUACAAGAAUUGGCAUUGAAGCAAAAAGAGUAUGUAGUAUUUUGUGACAGCCAGAGUGCUAUAGAUUUGAGCAAGAAUACUAUGUACCAUGCCCGAACAAAACAUAUAGAUCUGAGAUAUCACUGGUUGCGCUUGGUGACAGAGAACAAGUAGUUUCAACUCAAAAAGAUUCACACAAACAACAAUGUUGCUGAUAUGAUGACAAAAGUUCUUCCCAAGGAAAAGUUUGAAUAUUACACGAAGUUGGCCAAGAUGGACUCCAAGUAAGGAGUCAAGGGUUAUUGCUAGUUUUGAACUUGUAUGCUUCAUCAUGUCCCUUUAAAUUCCUAAACUUGUACUAUUAUUUGAUAUUUUUUUUUUAUAAAAGAUACAAUAUUUGUGAAUUUCUAUUGAUGGAUGUUUUAUCUUUAUCUUCAUCUUUAUCUUCAAUCUUUAAUGUUAUAACUCAUUUUCCCUUAACUUUAUUCAAAGUUUUACUUAAUCUUAUUCAAUAAUCAAUAUAACCUAUGCAUUUCU